UUUGUUUGCCAUUUAAAUUUUUUAGAUUAAACAAUUUGCCAAUUCUGUUUGUCCUUGUUCGUUGUUCCGGUUUAGCCAAGUAUUUAUUUAAACUUGAAGUAAAAACACCUCAUUCUUCUACAUACAAUAGGAUAAUGACGUCGCCGGGCUGUAUAUAUGAUCUGGACACUUCUGGAGGGCUGAUGGAUGAAAUCCAAGCCUUGAUUGCCCCACCAGAGAGUAGCAGUAGCAAAACCAGCAAAAAGGAUGACAAGAAGCAAAAAGAACAUCGCUACUUUAAACGACCAGGCAAAGGCCAUAACCACGACUUCUGUAGCUCCUGCAAUGAGGGCGGGGAACUCAUCUGCUGUGACGUUUGUCCUUGCAGCUUCCACUUACUUUGUCAUGAUCCCCCUCUAAGCUUUGACGACAUCCCUGAGGGCAAAUGGUUAUGUCACAGCUGCAAAUAUAAAAAGGAAUCUGCGAAAAAACGACCAGAUAUUGCAACAAAAUCUACAAAAAAAUCUCCUACUCCACUGAAUCCACUGGAAUAUUUGAUUGAACUUGCCAAAGGUAUGAAUCCUGUUCAAUUUGAAUUGCCAAGAGAAUUGCAGGUGAAUCAUAUAGUAUUUCCUGGAUCAGAUAAAAUUGACAGCUCCAAACAAAAAAAAUCCAAACAUCGUGAACAUGAAAAACUACCUAACGGCUUAGUGCCGUUACCUGGGAAAAAAUGCCAGGUAUGCGUAACGUCAUGUAGGUUGGCGUCACUGAUAGCGUGUGACUAUUGCGAUUAUUAUUUCCACUUGGAUUGUCUCGAUCCACCAUUAACAGCUGCUCCUACCUCUAUGUGGAUGUGCCCGCUUCAUGUUGAACACAUUGUGGACUCCAAAUUGUUGACAUCUUGUUCGCUGUCUGAACGCAUUGCCUUAUGGGAGAAAUAUGCGAGGCAGCCCAUCGAUGAGGACAAAGUCAAACGCGAUUUUCUUCGGAAAAUUCACAGGGAAAAUCCACCUUUCACUUUUAAAAAGCCUAUUCCACAAAAGCCUAAGUUGCAACCACCAGGAAUGGUAAAGCACCACUAUCAGAACCCUGUUCGGUUGCUGCCAAGUUUGAGGGAUGUGCUACGUUUGGAGUAUGUCCAUAAGCGAAAAAAGUUCAGAGAAGCUCUUUUGAAAUUGGAAAUAAAUGAAAAUAAUGAAGAAUGUACAAGGCAAAAUGCUGAUGUAGAAGCUGAAACAAUAUUGGUAGGUCCUGAGAAUGUUGAAGAGAGAGAGGUGGAGGAUAGCAAAUCAUGUAGUAGUGACAACAAAAACGAAACUAUUGCGCCCUCCACUGAAUUUGAUAAUGCAGUUGACACUCCUACUUCACCGAACGAUGGCAUCAGUGCAGUAGGGAUUUUGGAAAAGGAAAAGAUUGUCAUUGAAAACAUUAUGGAUGGACAUUUCAGCUUUGAAGGAUCAGGGCCAGACUCAAAACAAUAUGACCAACAGUUGAUAAAGCUUUUAGCGCACGAACGGUUGCAGCAACUUGUUGGCACUUCCAAUUUGAAGAUGCCAAAAAUGCCUCUACCAAACGAUUUGUUGACUCCUGGCGAUAUCCAACGACUUUUCCGGGCAUUGAACAUCUCACCAGCUAGUGGAUCGACAGUUAGAGCAAGGGCGAUGCUUUGUCCAAUACUGCCUGGGGGUUUCUAUAAUAUUACAGCUGAAGGAGUGGAUCUUCAGUAUGUAAGGCGUGAUAAUAGUUUUAUGAAUUUUCGUCCUUCAGCGUCUCUGAAACCUCCCGAAGCUGUAGCGAUGAGACUUCGAGUAUUGAGUGUAGGCAAAGGUUCAUCCCAUGAUGUCAAUUUGGAAUUGUAUGGGCAUUGUAACUAUACUACACCCAAGCACGCUACUAUACAUUUUGAUGAGUUUGACAACUGUUAUGAGUUGAUUAACUACUCCCCUCGUGGUACUUACAUCAACAACGUAUUGUACUCUAACGAUGUCUCUGUACCCCGUGUGGAAUCUUCCCAGAAUGAACAACAACAAAAGGCUGCCCAGGUAGAAUCCCAACUACGUGAAGUGAUUAGUGGUAGGAAGAAGAAGAAGAAGAAAGGUUUGGGCAAGGUGCAGAGCAGUGCAAAGGUAGCACCAGAACUGAGUAAAAGAGUCGAAUGUGCUUGUGAGAGCGAACAUGGUCAAGAUCUGGAAAAAGGCUGGGAGGGCUCGGCCAUCCUCCAGCACGGUUCCUUAGUAAAGUUUGGUUGUAUCAGUUUCGUUUUUUCCAUUGUGGAAAAUUCCUCAAUCUAAAUUUGUAUUGUUUCUUUAAGAUUACCUACUAAGUUUGAUUUUUUUAUUUGUCAAAGAUUACUCCUUCAGAUAGAUGCGAGGUUAUCAAAUGUAAUUCUAGGUUGUAGUAACAUAGUUAAAAAAAAAAGUUGAUAAUAUGUAAGUGUUGUUGGAAAAAUACCUCAGAAUCUUAUCUGGAAGAGGUAGUCUGAGAUACUGGUAAAAAUAAAAUAUAGAAUUAGUAGUUAUUUAAUAGGUAAGGUAAAAAUUUAAGAAAAAAUCUAUUUUUCUACUAACAAAUCAUCCACCCAAUCAAUUUUUUAAAAUAGGUAUUGUGCUAGUUUUGUCUAUGGGGUUGAUUAAACAGAGUUGAUCUGAAAACAGUCUGAGAGAGCUUGGCCAUCCUCCAGCACGGUUACUUGAUAAUGUUUGGCUGUGUCGGUUUACUCGGUGUCAAAAAUAUUAUUCAUCAUUAAAAAAUAUUUUUACUUACAAGGUUAAGUUGAUUUUUGACAGAGUAGAUCUGAGAAGGAUCGGCCAUUCUGCAUUAUUACUUUUUUGAUAUUGCUCCACUCUUGAUGCUCAAUUUUGAUGAAACCUUGAUUGGUGUAAACCGCAUUUUGAUAUCUUCAGCAGUUUUGGCGCUGGUGGCCGUCAAUUAUUUUCAUAAACAAAAAGGUUUCACAGUAUUGCUAAAACCGAGAAACGCCCUGUCAAAAUGCGGUCUGCACCAGUCAAGAUUUCAUGAAAUUUUUGCCUCGGGGGGGGAGGGGGGGUCUCAUUUUUUAGUAUCUCUCUCAGAAAUUGACAUUUCCUAUUGAGAGUGUCCAAAUUGGACCACCCUGUACAUACAGGUUUAUCAGGGAAAUUAAAAUUACAGUAAUUAUAAAUUUAAUAUUUUAUAUAAAUAACACAGCCAUUUGUUCUGUAUCAACCCUAUAACUUUGGAAGCUGUCAUAUUUAUGAUUAUUGAAAAAAAAAUCAUUUUAUUUUAAUUUAUAUAAUUUACCUAUUUAUUAUCAGUAGGCAUAAUAAAAAUAAUAAUAAAAAAAUAUGUAUGACCCUACAUUAUAUAUAAAAAACGCACAAAAUAAAACAGCAAAGGUUUUAGCCGCAUCAGAAGUUUCUCAAAGUAAGUUCUCGGCAGCGAAUGUGAUAAUCUAGAUUAAUUUGUAUAUUUUAAUAA